AUGACAUGGCUGAAGCUGUGGUCCUCCUCGACAAAGGAUGACGCGAAGUCCACGGAGCCAUCGAGGACGACCGAGGCAAUCGAGUCUGUAACUCAGACGAUUGACGCAGCCACCACAUCGAUUCAACGUGAGACCAACCAAGUCUUGCACUCCAACGUCACCGCCUUCACGCAACCUCAGACCAUUCUUGCGACAGUCGUAUUGACCACAGCAUCGCUUGGAAUCUUCAGGUUCUACAAAACAUACCUUCGGAGAAUCCCUCAAGCAGUGAAUAUCAACCCCAGUUUCCUCAGGCGCAGAAGUCUUGUUGGAAGGGUCACAAGUGUAGGAGAUGGGGACAACUUUAGGAUAUACCACACACCUGGUGGUCGGCUUGCAGGAUGGGGUUGGUUUCCGGGGAGACGUAUACCCCUGGACAGGAAGGAGUUGAAAGACCAAACGAUACAUGUUCGCCUUGCGGGAAUUGACGCUCCAGAGCUGGCACACUUCGGCCGACCAGCCCAGCCUUAUGGACAAGAAGCUUUGGAGUGGCUUACGUCCUAUGUGAUGGGCAGGCGCGUUCGCGUCUAUGUGUACAAGGCAGAUCAAUAUAGCAGAGUUGUUGGGUCCGCUUACGUGUGGAAAGGGUUGUGGCGACGCGAUGUCUCCAUGCAAAUGCUCAAGGCUGGGCUGGCGACGGUGUACGAAGCGAAGUCUGGUGUCGAAUUUGGGAAAGGCGAUGAGCAAAAGUAUCGCAAGGCAGAGUGGUGGGCCAAGACAAAGAGGAAAGGCAUGUGGUCAGGCAAGAACAAAAAUUUUGAAAGCCCCAGAGAUUAUAAGAGUCGGCACGGCGUUGGGAAUCCCCAGAAUGAAGUCAAGCCAUGA